AAUCACAAAGAGGAGAGUCGCAUAAUGUCACAACGAACCAAUCACAGUGCGAGUCGUGGGCCUCGCGUUUUCUUCAGUGUCGUACUGGAAUGUCGCGUCAACGAAAACCUGAAAAAAAAAAAAAAAAAAAACGAGUAGGGUGUGCAGUCAGCACUCAGCUGUUCUCUCAGCGUUAUCCUUCAGCUUCACCUCAGCACACAGCGGUCGUGAGCACAGCCAUGGCCACAACCCAGUCAGUGUUCGCUGUAGCUGUGUGCGUCCUGAUGAUCACUGAAAUAAUCUUGGCCCAGAAAGAUUACUACGAAAUCCUGGGCGUUCCCAAAGACGCCUCUGAGCGCCAGAUCAAGAAAGCCUUCCACAAACUGGCCAUGAAGUAUCACCCAGACAAGAACAAAAGCCCGGACGCAGAGGCACAGUUCAGGGAGAUUGCCGAGGCUUACGAGACGCUGUCCGACGCAAAGAGGAGGCGGGAGUAUGAUCAGAUGAGGAGCAGCCGGUUCUCCGGAGAGGGCGCGCGAGGAACCAGGGGUGAUCAGUUCCGUCAACCGUUCAGCUUUAAUUUCGAGGACAUGUUCAGAGACUUUGAUGUUUUCGGCCAGCCGACACACUCCCAGCAUAAAAGGCAUUUCGAGAGCCACUUUCAAGCCCACGAAGAGGCGCACAGAAGAAACUUCCGGAACUCUUUCGGCGGUGACCCGUUCGAUAUGUUUUCGGACUUCUUCACGUUCGACGGACACUCGGACGGCGGCGAGUUUCACGGCUCGGCCGGCCGGCAGCGCUGCCACACGGUCACCCAGCGCAGAGGAAACAUGGUGACCACGUACACCAAGUGCUCCUGAUGCUCCUUUUCCUGCGCUAACGUGGAGGAAUACUUUAGUUUUGACGUUUAAUUAAAUUUCUUGCUGAUGCUUACUGUCAUGACUGAAUCAGAUUCUGUGACAUGAACGCUCGGAGCAGAGUAAAGCUCCCGACUUCACACGCUUUAAACGAAGGGCUUAAAUGCAGGCUUUUAUCAAAUAAUAAAUAAAUAAAUAAAUCUAAACACCUAAGCUGGAUAGGUUGAGAGGUUUCACACACCCGGCUUCACGCCCGCAAACACGUCACUUAGGGUCAGGGAGUCAGCGUUGUGAUUGAACCUCUCGAGUACGACGCAGACGAAUCUUAAAAACUCAUGUAUUGACUUCACACGCUUUCCAAAUACAAAAACCUCGGGAGUUGCACGGCGCUUAAAAACGAAGCUCGAUUGUCGGCUCGCGUGUCUUCCCUGUGCUCGCGCACAACGCUGACGCUGAGCAGUCCUCGCACUUUUCCCUUGCUCACAGGCGCACCAGAAUAGAAAUCAUCAAACCCCCGUUUUAUCCAUAAUACCCUUCAGCUGUGGAGCUGGGAGCAUUAUCCUGUAUAAUGUGCAAUAAUUACACGCGUCUUCUGUUCUGUUUGGGAAACCUGUCGGGUGACCUACGACCACGCAGCCCGGUCCGUCCCUCAGGGUUAACAGCCGUUUUCAGCGGAUUAUUUUCAUCUUAAUUAUUUUCAUAAACACCGCAUUUGCAUGUGGUUUGGAUGCAAAGUAACUCAUUCAAGUCUUUAUCAGAUUGUCUCUGGGUUUUGUUUUUUUUGAAAAUGGCAAAACAAACAGGUUGUCGACGGUACGAUUGUGUUUUGGUGGUUUAUUAAAGGAAACUGUAAAGACCCUUUUGGUUUAAUAUGAUGGAGCUUCACAGGAGUUUUAUUUUCGAUCCGUUACCUCGUGUCAUGACGUUGACGCACAGGACGACGUGCAAUAUUAUACCUUGUGUUUGCGUUUUGUUUUCUUCUUUUUCUUUACUUAAACAUUUUGAUGAUUGUACACAAAUGCAUUCAGUACCCGCUGGGGGUUAUUUUGGGUGUAUUGAUACGUUUUUUUGGCUUUGUGUCUAUAAACUGUGCUGUAUAAAAAUCUA